AUGACCUCGGAUACUGCCUUUGUACAGGCCAAGCUGGGCAAGAGCGAAGAUCUCGAACAUAUUGAGGAGAUUGCCCUGGCACGGGUGACAGAAGAGGACCUGUGGAAGUUGUCCAAGGAUUCUCUAACUCUGCGGUCAUGGACCGGAGUCCGUCUGGGUCUCAUCAUGUUUAUUCAUGGUUGUAACCAAGCUGGCUUUGGAAUCGACUGGGGAGUCAUCAGCGGUAUUAAUGCUUUGGGUCAAUGGCAUGACUACUUCGGUUUCGAGAGCAGUGGUGGUACAUAUGGUUUGAUCAAUUCUCUGAUGCAGAUUGGUAUCGUCUGCGGAGCUCCCUUCAUGGGUUUGGCGGACGUGAUCGGUCGCCGCGGAAUAAAUUUCGCCGGCAACGCCAUUGUCAUCUUCGCAUCUCUCAUGCAAGGUCUUGCCACGAACCUGCCGAUGUUCAUGGCCGGUCGAUUUUUCAUGGGCUUUGGCACUUCGCUCAUGUCAAGCUCUCAGUACAUCGGCGAGAUUUCGCCUAUUCAUCUGCGUGGUCUUAUGGUCGGCUUUUUCGGGGCAUGCUUCCAAGUAGGGAGUCUUGGUAUAUUAGGUGCCAUGAUUGGACUUACCGAAUUGCCUGGUAACAACUCCUGGCGUGUUCCCCUCAUCCUCGAGGCUUUAUUCCCCACUAUUGUGUGCGUGGGAAUAUACCUUUUAACUCCCGAGUCGCCCCGUUAUUAUGUCUUGAAGGGCGAUCGCCAAAAGGCCAAGGAAGUCAUCGCCAAGUACCACACCACUAGCACCGACAUCAAUCAGCCCAUUGUCGACAUCGUAGUAAGGCAGAUUGAAGAGUCUCUUGAGAACGACCAGACGGGCUACAGGGCCGCCUGGGACUAUCGGGUCUUUUUCACCAAGACAGCCCGUUUCCGACUGCUGGUUCUGUUUUUGUAUUCGCUCUUCCAACAGUGGAAUGGAGGUGGUAUUAUCACGUACUAUCUGGCUCCUUCGUUAGAGCAACUCGGCAUCAACGGCGACAAGCAGAAACUCGGUAUCAACAUAGGCACCACCGCAGUCUAUUUCGUCUUUACGGCCGUUGGCGCGAUUAUAAUCGAUAAGUUCCGCAGACGAACCAUGAUCUUUGUCGGUCUUAUCAGCAUGAUUGUUUUCCAAACGGCUACGACUAUCACCUCAUGGCAGUACAGUAUCCAUGCCACUACAGCGACGGCGGCGCUGAGCAUUCUCUGGAUCUUCCUCUACCAGACCUUCUCAGCGACAUUUGUUGCAACCAUGCACAACUUGUAUCCGAUUGAAAUUCUCUCCCUACCACUUCGUGCCAAGGGAAUGGGUCUUUACGGUCUGAUCCAGGGAGGUGCCGGAGCCGCGCAGACUUACGGAAUUAGCGUCGGUAUUGCAAAGGUCGGGUAUAAGAUUUGGGUCGUGUAUAUCGUGUACAACUCGAUCCAGCUUGUCUUGUCGUGGUUCUUAUUCCCAGAGACUAGCGGUCUGUCUCUGGAGGAGAUCAACACAGUGUUUGAGACCCCGGGAGUCCACCCGGUGAAGAUGUCGUUGGAUAUUCAGAAGGCCAAGAAAGCGAGAGCAGCGGCGGGCCGGGAUGAAGAGGGCAGUGCGGACCGAUGA